AUUUAAUCAAAACAUGAAUAUAAGUCUGUGCAUCAUUUACCACACACUUCAUUUGUCCGUAGCUAUUAAAACAUUGCAGUUCAGUUUUCUUUCUUUGCCAGUUGAAUAAAUUUAAUUAAAUAAAAAGUGUUAAGGAUGAAAAGGUUAACGUAUUGUAUCUUGUUGUUUUGUGUGGCCUCAACUUUAGCUGAUAUUAAAACAGAAUCGACAUCAUUAACAACAAAAGCUCAAUAUGAGGAUAAAUUCCUUCAGAAAUUAACAGCAAAAUGUCUUUCUGAUGAUAACAGUUCGUGCAUUAUGGUCAAGCUACUCAACUAUAUGAACAAGAUGAUUAAGAAGCCUUCUUUUAGCAUCAGCAAACGAAUUGCAUUGCUUCAAACAAGCUUAUCGAAAAACCAAUCGGAUGUGUUGUUCAACAAAUUCAUUCAAGCUAGAAAUGCUAACGCCGAUGAUGCUGCUCUAACAAUGCUUGUGGCUGAUAAGGUUUGGACUUUUGUUAAAAGUCGUGCGUUACGCUGGAAAGUGACAGAUUUUUCCGAUCUUAUGGUUUCGGCUGGUGAUAAAGGGAAAAUAAAUUUGGGUUUAAGUGUCGAUGCUAGAAGGGCUUUAGAAGAAGGUCGAGGAAAAAUGAAGAAUUCAGGUCCACUGAUUGCAGCGAUAAUUCUUAAAGGAGCCCUUCUUGGAAUAUUAGCAUUCAAAGCCCUUUUCUUGUUAAGCGGAAAAGCUUUGCUUGUCAGUAAAUUAUCACUCUUACUUGCAAGUUUAAUCGGAGUGAAAAAGCUUUUGAGUGAGAAACCCAAAGUUGUUACUUAUGAAAUCCUCAACGACCAUCAUAGAUACGACGCUUUUAAACCACAAGCAGCUGCUCCAGUUCCUCAAACAACACAAACGCCGGGAUGGCAACGAGCUUUAGACGUAACACUUGAUUCAUUCAUUGAAAACUUUGCCAGAAAAUUCGCUUCAUAAAAUUUUAUUUAUUAUAAUUAGGUUGACUUUAAAGUUGUUUAUUAUUAGGAAUAAAUAAACAAGAAUUCAAAGAAAUAAUUGGAACGAAGAAAGCUCAUUGAAAGAAAUUAUAAUAUUUUCCAUUUAUUUUCUUUAUUUGGAAAACAAUUUUCAUUUCCUGUUUUCUUUCAAGUUGCUAUCAUCAUUUCAGUAGAUGAUAAAGAAUUGUUUUUAUUUGUUUUCAACGCAAUAAGAUAUUUGUCUUCUUCUUGUAAUGUUGAUACGUCUGAUGUUGAUUUAAUAAAGAAAAGAUCAUCAAAGUCUGAAAACCGUAA